AGGACACUUGAACGUCACCUUGAGCAGUUCACUGCACAGCCUCGUCCUCCUGCUGCACACCUGAAGCUCCCUCUAUGGAAUACUUUACAGAGACUACUGCACACACUGCUGUAGUCAAAGCGGUCAGAUGAUGACACAGCACAAAAUCGUCAAAGUGUCUAAGCUACUCAUCUGUAACCACACGAGUUACAAAACGUCUUUCCGCCACACAUUUGCGGAGCUGCGGGUCACAUGACCGCGCUGAGUCCUCAGCAGCCACCUCUUGAAAGUGUUUUCCAGUAACAGCUGCUCGGGUCCAGUCGCUCUCGCCUUCUUCCUGCUGUAACACUGGAUGGUGGAAAUGGAGAGUUUCACGCUGUUCCUGGUCGCUCUGUGCACCGCCGGAGCCAUCGGGCUUGUCUCCAUAAUAUUCGUGCUAAGAUGGGUCCUGUACUAUAAAGAAGGCUUAGGCUGGGAUGGAGGACUGGCCGAGUUCAACUGGCAUCCGGUCUUAAUAGUGACCGGGUUUGUUUUCUUGCAGGGACUGGCCAUCAUCGUCUACAGACUCCCCUGGACCUGGAAUUGCAGCAAACUAACGAUGAAGUUCAUUCAUGCGGGCUUGAACCUACUGGCAUUCAUUUGUGCUGUUAUAGCUAUGGUGGCAGUUUUUGACUUCCACAACACUGCCAAAAUCCCCAAUAUGUACAGUCUGCACAGCUGGCUGGGCCUGAUAGCAGUUAUACUGUACUGCCUACAGCUCAUUCUUGGAGUUGGCAUGUACUUGAUACCAAUUACGCCAGUCACCUGGAGGGCAACAUUCAUGCCCCUCCAUGUCUACAGUGGUCUUUUACUCUUUACCAGUGUCAUAGCUGUGGCACUCAUGGGCAUCACAGAGAAACUCAUAUUUGGCCUGAGUAACCCCAAGUACAAGGACUCUCCCCCAGAGGCAAUUUUUGUGAACGUUCUCGGCGUCCUCCUCGUAGUUUUCGGAGCACUUAUCCUCUGGAUUGCCACUCGAACAUCUUGGAAGCGCCCCAGUGACCAGAUCUUGCAUUCUCUACAUACCAAUGGGGGAGGUGAGGACAACACCAAAGUCGGCCCGGCCAUGUCUCAGCUGUCUGAUGCAGCUGAUGAUGAGGCCUUUGGGGAUGUCAGGAGGAGGAGUAACAAACAAGAUGAUCAGGCUAACUAAUUACAAAAUAAGCCACUCGGAGCUUAUGCUGUUGCCAGUUUUGAAUGUAUGAAUGCCCAGUCUACACUGGUUAGGGAAAGUAAAAACAAAGAGAUAUUCUUUUCUUGAGCGUUCCAUUUGUAACUUUCUCUCUUGCACUUUGAGGUAUUUGAUGAUUUUGGUAACAUGUUGAGAAGCCUGCUGUUUUCUUAGUCAUUGUUGUAAGCGCAUGUAAAAAAUGGGGACGUACUUUAUAACCAAUUUCAGCACAUGUGGGAACAUACUUUAUUGAUAUACAUGGUGGAAAUAAUCAUGAAAGACUUUCUAUUUUCUAACUUUUUGUAUUGUAAUGUCUGGGUUUUUUAAAUAUGUUCAGAACCCACCUAUAUUUUACAAUAAAUAUUUGCAGCUUCUAACUAA